AUGGAUGAUAAUAAUUCUCAAUCUAAAUCUUCGAUAUCAGCAUCAGGUUUAUCCAAUUCUACAUCUGAUCAAGCUCCGCAUGUAAAAUCUUCAAAUAAUCAACACUCUUCUCAAGCAACUUCCUCAAGUAAUGAUUUAUUUGUAUAUAUACCUGAUAUCCCAACAAAUAUAUUAGACAAUGAACUUGAGGAAAUGAUUCAAACUCGUAUCGAUAACAUUCUACGUAUCAAAAUAAGUGAUAUAAAAUGCUAUUCAAACCUGGGUGUUGCUGUGAUUCGAUUAAUGAAUGAAAACGAUAAGAAACAUCUUGUUUCUACUGUUCGAUCAAUAGUUCUCGACGUGGAACAUAAUACAAACAUAUCGUUCGUUGAUGAACUCGAUCUCACUUCUUAUAUAGUACUCGAUCAAAAUAUAUCAAAAAUUCAUGCCGCUGAGGAAGUGGCUCGUCGUUAUAUGCAAGUAUAUAAAACAUCAGAUCUUCGUUCAUGUCAACAGAUUUCUGUUCAGUUUCCAAAUAUUUUCUCUUUCUCUCUUGACACAUUCGAUGAACUUGUUAAAGGAGUUAAAAAUACAGAUUUUAAAAUUGAAAGUACCUUUGCUACUAUUUAUUUGCGUGCUGAUUGUAUUUAUUUCGAAGAUUUGCCACCAAAUACUAAUGAUGACAAGAUUUUAUUAGCCAUUGCCACUCAAAUUGAUGAAAAUAAACUUCAACCUACAUCUUUUUAUGUGCAGUAUAAUAAACAAACAGGUAAUGCAGUCGUCUUGGCAACACAGUUAAACAAAAAAUGGAUCAAAGAAAGUGUUUUAAUUAUUGAUGGAAAAAACAUAUCAAAAAAGACAAAACUUACGUAUCGUGUUCUCGUCUUUCCUGUACCUCAUGGUUUUAACAUCGAUCAAAUUCUUAAACAUAAAUUAUUUGGACGAAUUGUUGCAUCUCAUCACAUUAAUGAUCAUAUCAUUCUGGAACUUGAUGAUAUGAAUUGUUAUGAUAAUUGUUUAUCAGUUGGAGCUCUUCGUUUCGGCAAUAUUAUGAUGCAAAUUGUACGACAUACUCUAGCUGCUGAUCCAGACAAAACUGAAAUAACUGCUGAAAAUUGGUAUGAAACAGAAAUGUUCAAUAUAAAACCAGAUAUAAUGACAUUAAUAAGAAAUCCUCAACAUCCCAUAUUUCGUUAUAAAUGGAAUGCACAACUUUGGAUUGAACAGAUGAAGAAAAUAGAUGUAACAGAUAGACGAUCAAAAAAAUAUGAUUUGAAUCGGCAUUUAUUACGAGUAACAGUUAUGUUAAAUACCAUAGGUGUUGUUCGAAAGAAAAAAUAUGCAGUUGAUGGUGAAGAAAUAAUUUUAAAAUCUGAACCUAUGAAAACAAUUGGAUAUAAUCAUAAAUCAAAAUUAUCAUAUGGAAAAACAAUUGCACAAACAGAUAUGAAAACACCAUAUCCGUUAACAAAUGUUAUUGUAAUUAAUGAAGAUUGUCUUGUUCUUUAUGAGAAAUUAGUCUCCGAAGGAUAUCGGCCAUUGUUAUUAAAUAUGGCAAAUGCAACUAAUCCUGGAGGUGGAUAUCGGAAAGGUGAUGGAGCACAAGAAGAAAAUCUAUUUCGUCGAUCAGAUUAUUAUCAAAGUCUUGAUGUUGAUGUUGCCGAUGAGGAUCGAUCAGAACGACUUUAUUGCACAUCAAAUUGUGAAUUUAAACAAAUAACAACAUCUGAUGAAUACUAUCCAAUGAAAGAAUUUGGAGCUAUUUAUACAUCUGGUAUAACUGUUUUUCGUCAAGAAGAAGCUAAUGGAUAUGCUUUUAUGAAAAAUCCUUUAUAUAAUGUAUGUGCUAUUGCUAUGGCUGCAUAUCGUGAUCCAGAAUUAACUAAGGAAAAUAUGUUAGAAAAGAAAUUUGUAAUAAAUACACAUAAAAAAAUAGAAAAUAUAUUUGCUAUUGCAUAUCAUCAUAAACAUGAUUGUUUAGUAUUAUCAGCAUUUGGUUGUGGUGCUUUCAAAAAUCCACCUGAACAUAUUGCUUUACUUUUCAAAUCUGUUAUUUAUCAAUAUGCUGGAUUUUUUAAAACAAUUUAUUUUGCUAUUGUUGAUGAUCAUAAUACAGGAAAUCAAAUUAAUCCAGACGGAAAUUUUCUUCCAUUUACAAAAAUACUUCAUGGUUUGCAUGCUCAACCACCAACAACAAUACGUGUUAAUGGAGUAAGUGGACCAAAUCGUAUUCUAAAUAAAACAUCAGAUGGAAAAUUAAAUCUAAGUGAUGCAUGUAUUUUAUAUCUUCAACUAUGUCAGCAUGGAUCAAAAUGUCAUGAGCUUAAAAAUUCUCAACAUAAUAAUAAUUAUUUACAUCCACCAAUAUGUUCAUAUCAAGAUGCAACAUCGUCAUGUGAACAGAUGGAUGAUGAAGUACAUAUGUUUACAUUUCUACAUAAUAUCAAAUGUCAAUAUGGUGGUCAAUGUAAUGAUAAAGAUCCAAAACAUUUGAGUGAAUAUGAUCAUCCAGAUUAUUGUAUUGAUGGAGGCGAUUGUCAAAAUGUUCAUCAAGAACAUUUACUUGCUUAUCGACAUUUACCAUUAUGUUCGAAUGGAUUUAAUUGUUCGAAAUAUCUUAAGAGAGAUAAUGAUCAUUGUAAAGAAUUUCGUCAUUGUAAAUCUAUUUGUCCAUAUGAUAAUUGUUGUGUUCAAUUUCAUGAUAAACAACAUUUUGAAAAUACAAUACAUUCAUUUCGAUUACCAUGCCCAUUUACACCAUAUAAUUGUUCAAUGUAUGUUGAAUUUAUGCAAACAGGAAAUACAAAUAAAAUAUCAUCAGAAGUAGAAAACCAUUGUUAUAAAUAUUCACAUGUUUGUCCAUUUGGUCGUCAAUGUAAAACAAAAGAUGAAAAGCAUUUUGAAAUAUCAAUUCAUAUCGCUCGUAAAAUGUGUUCUAAUGUUGAUAAAUGUUCACAACUUACUGAUGAAGAACAUUUAGAAUCAUUUUCUCAUCCUGGUAUACGUGAUAUUCGUCUAUUCUGUCGAGAACCAGGUUUUAAAUGUUCAGACAGAUUGAAAAAUGAACAUUUGAAAAAAUAUCGACAUGGAAAAAAUCAUAAUCAUCUUAGUGCUGUUCAAUCUACUAAUCUUAAUUCAUCCAUUAACUUUGUGCGUAAUCAAAGUCAAUUAAUAAGAACUGUGAAUAAUUAUGUUGAUGUAUCCAAUUGGAAAAAAUCAAAAAUUUCUCCUGAGAUACUCAAUUGGAUACAAGCAUUACAACCUGUACAUCGAUGUGCACCACAUAUUUUCGAAUCCAUUCUUGUUCAUGGUCAUGUUAUGAGUCGACAUUAUAUGAAUUUAUUGAAGCAACCAGCUUAUGUUGCCAAAGCAGUACGACAACAUGGUCGAAUACGUUUAAUUUUUCUUAAACAUAAUAUCCCUGCAGUGAAAGACAAUGCAUUCAGACUUAUAACAGCAUUAGUCGAAGCUGAAUUUGCAAAAAGUAAAGCAUCUAGUGGAACAACCCCAUUAAGUGAUGACCAUGAUUAUACUAUGAAGGUAAUUGAAAAAAAAUUGAUACCACCUUUAACUGAUCAUGAUAUAAACAUCAUUCAUCAGUGGUCAAAAAAAAUUGCUCAAGAAUCAAUAAAAUUACAUCAAAAUCCAAUGGGAAUUGGAUAUGUAGUUGAUCAAACUUUAGGAACAGAUAAACAUGUUUUUAGCAUUUUAGGACCUCAUUUAGGACAUUAUUAUGGUGAUAUUAUUAUUGUCUUCAAAAAAGAAAUAAUGUUUCAUCCCGAUGCCAAUUUUUCCAUUCAAGCUGGUACUAGCUUUGGUCCUAGCGGAAAUGCUUAUAAACAUCGUCCAUGGUUGAAAGAUCCAGGUAGUGGAGACAAACGUGUUGCCAACUUUCAUAAUUCGAAAUUACAUUGUUCUAUUCCUCGUUAUGCCUAUGCAGCAGCUACAGAAUUAAUGGCUUUAACUGGUAAAAAUAAACAAUCAAUGGAUGUUACUCUUAAGGAUAUUGUUGAUCGAUGGAUGACUGUAGACUCGCAUGAAGUAUUCGAAGGACAUUUACCACAACUUAUUCCAUUAGAUUAUAUCGAAUAUGUAUUUAUACCUAAAAAUCUAUUUCAAUCACUGACUCUGGAAGCUCAACAAUCAGCUAAAGCAGCUUUUAAAGAUGCUCUUUUCAUUACUAAUCAUGAUAUUGAUCUUAGUUUAAUUAAACCAGGUGGUAUAAUUCCAUUAGAUGCAACUCGUCAACCUUAUCAAAAGUUUGUACUUGAUAAAAUAUUUAAAAAAAUUGAACAAAAAUUCAAUGAACCACAAAUUGCACAUGGCAUUGUUAUUACAAUUCCAGCCUCAAAGUUUGAAGAACUGAUUGUUUUACCAAUAACCAUUUCUCAAUCAUAUACAUUAUAUUGUCUUCAGAAAACUCAAACAUCAAAUAAUCCUGAAUUGACUUAUAUUUAUUGGCAAGCUAUGAAUGGUGAUAUGAUGUUAACAAUAUCUAAUGAGGAGAUUAGUCCAGAAAAAAAUCAAUCUAAUCUUCGAUGUCUCAUUUGUUAUGUUGCUGAAAAAUCAUCGACAUCUACAGAAGAUUAUCAUGAAGCAUAUUCUUAUUUAAAUUAUGGUAGUCCAUAUCAACAUGAAACUAAUGUUCAUACGAAUCAAUUUAAAGCUAAAUCAAGUGUCUUCUAUCGUGGUUGUAAUACAGAUGACUUUUUUACAUUUUGUUUGAAAAUUAGUCACAAAACAGGAGAAGUAACAUUAUCACAUGCUGGUCCAAAUGGUAUUUACAAUCAUGAAAAGAUUCAAUAUCGAUUCAGUAAAUCUGAAUUAGAUUUAUCAAGUAUAGACUUUAUUUAUGUAAGUGCUGGAAAUCAAGAUGUUCCCAUACGUAAUUUAAUGAUUAAUCAUGAACCAAUGUCUGCGUUGCAUCCAACAUUUGAUAAAGAUUUUAAAAUAGAUACUUCUAAUUUGUUAAAAAAACAUCAAACAGGACAUUAUUAUCCUGGUGUUGCUUCUUCUACUGUUGCUACACAUAUCAAUGAUAUUACUCCUAAAUCAAAUAUAAAACAAGCAGCGUCUUCAGUUAAACUACCAACAAAAACAGAAAAUAUAUCGAUUUUCAAAAGAAUAAAGAACGCCUUAUUUUGUUCUUUUGUAGACGUUAAUGCAUCAAUGUCUAACUCAACGACAUUACAACCACAACCAAAAGUUUCAUCAAAAUUGCCUCCUUGUCGUGAUUCUGUGUAUUGUCUGAAUCAAAAUUCGAAAGAUCAUAUCAACAAAUAUUCCCAUCCUUGUCGUUUUAGUGAACUAUGUAGAAAUAAGGAUAAUGAACCUCAUCUUGUUCACGAACGUCAUAAUAUUUCUAAAUGUUUAGAAGAUGAAAAUUGUUCCAAACUACCAGAUCCUGUACAUCGUGCACAGUAUCGUCAUACAAAUUUACCUGAUUAUCUUUUCCCAUGUCGUUAUCAAGAUAGUUGCUAUAAUACGUCUUUAGAUCAUCGAAAAAAAUAUUUUCAUGGUGAAUCCUUACCUUCAAUUAAAAGUAAUUUUUUAAAAUUAUUUUUAGUUAUUUAUACAAAAGAAAUCUGUUUCAAAUCUUUUUAG